UUGUUCUUCUUUGUAGCACUUGUCUGUCCGGGACGGCACAUCGCUAAAAAACUCGAGAACAAAACCUCGAUAUUUUUUUUUCAUUGAUCUUUUUUAAAAUUUGAUUUUUCUUUUGAAUUUGUUCAAUUAGCGUUUCAGUUUCCAUAAAUCAAUCAACAAUGUUGAGUUUAUAUCGAAAUUGUAGCAGUUUGGCUCGUGCAUCAAAACCGGCCGUACAAUUAGCGGUUCAAAAUCAGACCGCAAGAAAUGCUGUACCAGCAUUAUGUGAUCAAUCUCAAAAACGAUAUGCAGCAGCCGCUGCUGCCGCUGCCAAAACCGAUGGUAAAAUGGGUAAAAUUGUUGCCGUCAUUGGUGCCGUUGUCGAUGUACAAUUCGAUGGUGAAUUGCCUUCUAUCUUGAAUGCUUUAGAAGUGGUCGAUCGUAAACCUCGAUUAGUUCUUGAGGUUGCUCAACAUUUGGGUGAAAAUGUUGUCCGUACCAUUGCCAUGGACGGUACUGAAGGUCUUAUUCGUGGUCAAGAUGUAUUGGACACUAAUUCUCCGAUUACAAUUCCCGUUGGACCUGAAACUCUUGGUAGAAUUAUCAAUGUCAUUGGUGAACCAAUUGAUGAACGUGGCCCAAUUAGCACAUCCAAAUUCGCAGCAAUUCAUGCUGAUGCUCCGGAAUUCGUAGAGAUGAGUGUCGAAACCGAAAUUCUUGUCACUGGUAUCAAAGUUGUUGAUUUAUUGGCUCCAUAUUCGAAAGGUGGUAAAAUCGGUCUUUUUGGUGGUGCCGGUGUAGGCAAAACUGUAUUGAUUAUGGAACUUAUCAACAAUAUUGCCAAAGCUCAUGGUGGUUAUUCAGUGUUUGCUGGUGUCGGUGAACGUACUCGUGAAGGAAAUGAUUUGUAUCAUGAAAUGAUUGAAGGUGGUGUCAUUUCUCUCAAAGAUAAAAACUCAAAAGUCGCACUUGUAUAUGGUCAGAUGAAUGAACCACCAGGAGCACGUGCACGUGUCGCUUUGACUGGUCUUACCGUUGCUGAAUAUUUCCGUGAUACCGAAGGACAAGAUGUGCUACUUUUCAUUGAUAAUAUUUUCCGUUUCACUCAAGCUGGUUCUGAAGUGUCUGCUUUAUUGGGUCGUAUUCCAUCAGCUGUAGGUUAUCAACCAACAUUGGCCACCGACAUGGGUUCUAUGCAGGAACGUAUUACGACAACCAAAAAAGGUUCCAUCACCUCGGUACAAGCUAUUUAUGUACCGGCUGACGAUUUGACUGAUCCUGCACCUGCUACUACAUUUGCCCAUUUGGACGCAACCACUGUAUUGUCUCGUGGUAUUGCCGAAUUGGGUAUCUAUCCAGCUGUCGAUCCGCUUGAUUCCACUUCACGUAUUAUGGACCCAAAUAUUGUCGGUGCUGAACAUUAUGAAGUUGCUCGUGGUGUGCAGAAAAUUCUUCAGGAUUACAAAUCAUUGCAAGAUAUCAUUGCCAUUUUGGGUAUGGAUGAAUUGAGUGAAGACGAUAAAAUCACCGUAGCUCGUGCACGUAAGAUUCAACGUUUCCUAUCGCAACCAUUCCAGGUUGCUGAAGUUUUCACUGGUCAAGCAGGAAAAUUCGUACCAUUGAAAGAUACAAUUUCUGGAUUUAAAUCAAUUCUGAAUGGUGAAUAUGAUCAUUUACCGGAGGUCGCUUUCUAUAUGGUUGGUCCAAUCGAAGAAGUUAUGGAGAAAGCAGAAAAAUUAGCUAAAGAUGCAAACUAAAAACAUACAUGAUAAUUUUUAUUCAAAUUGAUAACAAAAAAAAAAAAAACGCAAAAAAAAAAUACAAUUCAAAAGCAAUGGUAUCACAAUCAAUUAUUCUGAAUGUUAGAAUCUGGUGUAUAUUAUCAAUAAAUUUUUAUCAACAAAAAAAAA